AUGCGCGCCAUACAAGUCAAGGAAUACGUCAGCGGUCCUCGCGACCUCAAAGUUGUUGACAUCCCGGACCCAACACCCUCGGACGAUCAAUACACAAUCGCCGUACGGGCUUGUGCCGCCAACUUCUUCGACCUGCUCCAAAUCCGCGGGAAGUACCAACACCAGCCCCCUCUUCCCUGGGUAUCAGGAGCGGAGUUCAGUGGUGUAGUCCUCGCAACACCAAAGUCCUCCAAACGACCAAAGUUCAAUGUCGGCGAUAACGUCUUCGGCUCUGCUCAGGGCGGUUAUGCCUACAAAGUGUGUGCUCACGAGAGCCAAUUACAGCCUAUGCCUUCGGGAUGGAGCUUCGCAGAUGCUGCAGGAUUGUUUGUGACGAUGCCAACAUCCUAUGCUUCUCUCGUGACCCGAGCGAACAUCAAAAAGGGAGACUGGGUCCUGGUGCACGCCGCUGCGGGAGGGGUUGGUCUAGCUGCUGUGCAGAUUGCAAAGGCGUUUGGAGCGACUGUUAUUGCCACCGCGGGAACACAACACAAACUCGAUGUUGCAAAGAGCUUCGGAGCGGACUAUGGCGUUGACUACAGGGAUGAGUCCUGGCCACAGAAGGUGUUGGAACUCACACCAAAGAAGCGCGGUGUGGACAUUGUCUACGAUCCGGUCGGUCUAAUUGAGAAGAGUACAAAGUGCAUUGCUUGGAACGGACGUUUGCUCGUCAUUGGUUUCGCAGGUGGCCCGAUUGAGAAGGUCGCUACGAACCGAAUCUUGCUCAAGAACAUUGCAGUCAUGGGUCUGCAUUGGGGAGCUUACGCAAAGUUCGAACCAGAGACCAUUCCGAAGACUUGGGAGGCUCUGCUGGCGAUGAUGGAGAAGAAGAGCAUCCGUGCAACCAACUAUACCGACAAGGUCUACAAGGGGCUGGAAUCCGUUCCAGCGGCACUUGAGGCAUUAGGUGGGAGAGAGACUUGGGGCAAGGUCGUUAUUGACUUGCCGGAAGCCAAGGAAAGCAAGCUAUAG